CAUCUUUCACAUUUACAUAUUCACGUUGCUAUGGAUACCAGCUUAAUUUCUAAAUUUGUGGAUCCCUCCAAAAUUUGGGAGUGGGUGGAAAAUUUUGUGCAUGAGCUUCCCUCAAAUAAGGGAUACGUCCUUCUCGGUGGAAUCGGGGUGUGGACGCUGUACAAAUUUAUAAGGAACCCGAUUCGGUUUAUUUCUAUAAUAAGGACUAUUCCGAGAGAUUUCUGCGCACUUCCAACUUUGUUCUUAUUGAAAAGAAAUCUGAGACGUUUUCAGAAUGGAAACUACACAAUAUUUCAAGCAUUUGAUGAAACUGAGAAAAACAACCGGAAUAAAAUACUUUUUCAGUUUAAUGAUUUUAAAAUGUCGGCAAAGGAGGUGCAAGAAUUAAGUUAUUGGAUCGCGAAUUAUUUUGCCUCACAAGGUUACAAGAAAGGUGAUCGAGUAGGAAUAUUUAUGACGAAUUGUGCCGAAUAUGUUCCAAUUUGGCUGGGUCUCAGUCGGAUUGGCGUGAUUGGGGCUCUUAUAAAUACGAACCUUCGCUUAACCCCGUUAAAGCAUUGUAUCGAAUCCGUUAACUGUAAAGCGGUCAUAUUUACUUUAGAUCUUGUUGAUGCGAUGAAUGAAUUACUGGCCGAAUGUGGAGGUCAGUUGGAGGGUGGUCCAACCCUUUACACAUUCCUCGAGGGGGGCACAUCCAUCCCCAUGACGUUCUACGAUUCCUUCAAAAGCCUGAACGAAAUCUUGGCCGAUGUGAACCCUACGUGUCCGAUUGUGAAGGAAACCAUCGGAUUUGGAGAUGUGGCCAUGUUCAUUUUCACUUCUGGGACGACAGGGCUUCCAAAAGUCCAACAAUAUGAGGAGUCGAGAAGAGAAAAGGGUGCAGAUUCAAACUCUAUUGAGCGAGGGAUAUGGUGCCUCCCAAAUUUCGAGGAAACUAGGAGUUGCUUACAAUACGGUCAAACUGUGGGAAGGUCGCCGUACCGUGGUGGACAAAAAAAGGUCAGGCCGACCCACAGCAUUCUCCCCUACUUCAAAAUCGCAAAUAACAAGAAAUUUGAAAGAGAAAAUUGGUGGAUCCGUGAGGAAAACACUAAAGAAGCUGAACGAGUCGGCGAGGUAUCAAAAGAAGGGGAAGAAAAUAAGUCGUGCUGCGGUUCGAAAUUACGCAAAAAAGCAAAAAUGGGGCAAAACGGCUUACAAAAGACCUAAGAAACAGAUUCUGACUCAAAAAAAUAUUCAGGACCGAUUAAAAUUCGGCGAAACAGUCAAGAGAACGGGAUACUUGGGUGACGACAGACGGGCGCAGCAGAAACGCUCUCACAUUCUUUUCACUGAUGAAACCUGGCUGGAGGUGUCACCAACUGGUAACAGACAAAAUCAAAGAUACUAUACAGCUGAUCCGAAAAAAAUCCCGAAAAUAUUGACCCCAAAACUUGGUCUAAAAGUUAUGGUAGCUGGUGGCUUCUGUGCUCAAGGAGUUACAAAGCUGCAUAUGGUAAGUGGAGGUACCGUAAACGCUGCAUACUACAAAGACAAGAUCCUCCCACUUUACAUUAAAUCCAUGAAGGACCCAACUUUAUUCCCCCAACAACAGAAGGUCACCUUUCAGCAAGAUGGAGCACCAGCACACACUGCAAAAGUGACCACCAAAGUUUUGGAGGCGCUCCUUUUGACAGUGUGGGGGAAAGGGGUGUGG